AUGGAGUACGAGGAAGCAAGACGGCUGAUGAACGAGGCAAUAGAUACGAAUAGCAACGACGAGGUGACAACAAUAAUAAGACGAUACGGGUUGUCAAACGCACCAGAAUGGAGGGGAGGAUCCGCGCUCAUUAUAAGGGCACUGCUAAGGAAAAAGGAAAAGGGGGUGCAGGCCCUCAUUGUGCAAAACGCGGAUAUAAAUGGACCAAGACACGCAAACUACAUAGUUCCAUUAUGCAGAAUCUUAAAAUAUUCGAACACGGAAUUAGCAUGGUUACUCAUUGCCCGGGGUGCAAAUAUCAAUGCACAUAAUGAUGAUAGUGGGAAUCGACCGAUAUAUUUGCUCGUCAUCGCUGCUGGACAGAAAACAGGAGCAAACAGGGCAGGACUAAUAGAAAUAAUGGAAUACAUGCUACAAAAUGGAGUCGAGGUGGAGGCGAGGAAUCGUGAAGGAGUCGCAGCCAUAGGAGACGUACGACAAGGGUAUAUGGAAAUAGUUAAUUUGUUUACUGAACAUAAUGUGAAUAUGGACAUUGAAGAUGAAAAAGGAAGAACACCAUUAUUCUAUGCAGCGGAGUAUGGACAAUCGGAAAAAGUAAAUGCAUUAUUAAAACAAGGGGCUAGAGUAAAUCAUAGGGAUUGCCACGGAAUGACACCACUGUCCAUGAUAUUUAAGAAAAUUCUAGCUUGCCGAUAUGAAGGAGACAAUUUGUACAGUCCAGAUCAUAUAAGAAAGAUGGAAAUAACGGAAAUGCUAAUAAAAUUUGGAGCCAAUGUCAAUCAGCAGACGACUAAUGAAGGGUCAACAUUAUUGCACCUAGCAGGAGCAAGAGGGUAUGAUGAGUUGUAA